AUGCAGAGUACAUUUCGAUAUCCUGACGGUUCUGAAUAUACAGGUGAAUGGAAUAGUGAUGGUGAACGACAUGGAUUCGGUCAAUUCUCAUUUUCUGAUCAAGCUAAAUAUCGUGGUCAAUUUGAACAUGGUCUUUUUUCUGGACUUGGAUGUAUUACAUAUCCCGAUGGUUCAAAAUAUGAUGGUGAACUUUCUCAAGGACGUUAUAAUGGUUUAGGUGUAUUUAUUCGUUGUGAUGGUAUGAAAUAUGAAGGACAAUUACAAAAUGGACUUAUCUGUGGUUUAGGUUUGCUAACAUUUGCUGAUGGUUCUCAUGGUUUACCAAGAAAUGAAGGUUAUUUUGAAAAUAAUAAAUUAGUACGACAUGAAAAAUGUCCAGAUAUCAUACGAAAAGCUAUUAUAUGUGCAGAAAAAGCAAAAAAUCAACAGCCUCCACAAGAAAAUAGAAGCACCUGA